GCCGUCAGUCGGGCACGCGACCUCGCACAACGCAAAGCGGCGCGCUCACCCACGCAAACACGGCCAGCUCCUCCGCUACCGCGCCCAUCAUGUCCAUCAGCUGUUGCCGCGUACACAGAUGCAGCAUCUGGGGGCUGCUUGCCAUACUCACAGCAAUAGCUGGAGCAGUAGUACUACCACGACCUCCUUCUGGAGCUGAACCAAGGAACAGGAGAGACAUUCGUGCAGCAACUGUGGAACCAAGGUCUCACGUGACAUCAAGUGAACUGCCAAAACAAAUACCAGCACCACCAUCACGAACAGUAAUGCAGCAUAGACCUACACCUGCACUGAUUCAACUACAGCUGCGCUGGGAAGACAGGCAACGCCCAUCAGUUACACUGCCUCCAAGACUUUUUACACCAACAGUGCAGCGAUACACACAUCGUACUGACUUGUUGCCCAACACUGUCUAAUUCUUCCAUGAAACUGACUGCCAUCUUCCACUUUGUCACAGUAGCCACAGAUUUUCAAAGACUGUUUUCACUGUGAUGAGAUGUAGAAUUGUGCAACACGCAGGUGGUGAUUUGCAACUGAACUGUCAAACUGAACAAUUUAUUGAAAUAGUUGUAUUUCCUAUCAAAGAGAUACCAUAUCUGUGGCAGUUUGGAAAUAUUUCUGAGGCAUCAUUCAGUCUCCCCAUGUGUACACAAUUAAUAAUGUGAGUUAACUGAAAAGACAUAGCUGCAAUUUGCAAUCAUUGCCGAGAAGUAACUUAUUGUAGUCUGUAACUUUGAUGGCCCAUACCAUCAAAAUAAGCUGGAACCCUCAACACAAAUUUAUGCCCAAGUGGCAACUUGAAAUCAUGCCACUCUGUUUUAAAAACAAAGCAAAGACUGAUUUGUCCAAAAGAUAUGUUAUAAAUGUGUCCAAAAGUUGUUGUUGAAUAUAUGUGUAUGUGUAUAGGUGGGCGUGUGUAUGCAAGCAAGUUUGCAUGCAAGUGAACAAACAAUUCAUUAUUUGUAUACAAAAAUUGUAGCUGCAGACAUACAUUGUUCUUUCUACUAAUAUCUUUUGCUCCAACACGUUGGAUGUCAAAUAGAAUUAACAAUUGUACAAGUCUGUAUAAAAUUGUAAUGAUGACAAAACAUGCCUAACUUAAGAACUCUAUACAAUACAUAUUUUGAAGGACUUUCUUGGGGGGGGGGGGGGGGGGGACUUUGUUUGUCUCAAUUACUUAUGGCAAAUAAUAAAUGCCAAAUCGUGUAACUGUGUGAGUACAUGAAAUGCACAUCACAAAAACAAGUCUAACUGACUGUGAUAUGCAGGUCCUACUCAGCAAUCAGUGUACCAAUGGUCUCAACAAGUAUAUGGCAUUCUUUGUGAUGCCUUAUUCUGUGAGAUUUAUUACAGUGUACAUAACUGUUUUUACUUCUGAUGGAGCAUUAAAACUCAAGAUGUUCUUGACACUUUAACAAACGA